AUGCAUGCAUACAGAACGUUGUUGAGCAAAGAAGCCGGGGAAGAAAAGAGUCCGAAGAGUGCAAAGGCUCGGUUCGCUACAUUGAUCCAUCCCUGGCCCAAUAUCUCUGAGUUAAUGUCCCUUUCAAACGAUGAGAAGGAAGAUCAAGAGGAAGAUGAUGGCGCUUCCAAAGUGUCCUCCAAGAUGAUGGUUAUGGCGGUUCAAGCUGGAGAAGCCAAAAAAUACGAAAACAAGUAUGGUUUCAGUGGGGCAAGAGUCCAACACGGUGGUGGUGGCGGUAGUGCCAGUGGUGCUGUGGGUCAACCAUACGAUAUUUCUACUCCUAGUCUCUGGGACUUGGAAGCCCAAUAUGUUGCUAAUAAGGCGCUGCCGGACCUAGCGACGUUGAGUCCACCACAGCGCCACGAGUCAAAAGCCGCGACGAAGAAUAGCAAUAGCGACUGGCAUAACUCGCUGGCUCGGAAGCAACUAUCGAUAAUCUCAGAACGGCUGGAUGAGAGAGAUGGAUCUGUUCUCGUGGGAAACGCAAGCGGUUAUGAAGUCGUGGAAGCUGAUGGAAUUGAUGUUGCUCGUGAACCAAGCGAUGAAAGUGAAAGUGAAAGUGAACGUGGAAAUGAACGAGGAAAUGAAAGUGGAAGUGAACGUGAAAGUGGAAGCGAAAGUGAAAGUGAAAGUGAACGUGAACGUGACGAUGACGACGACGACGACGGGGACAGUCAACGAGAUGGAUCUGGAUCAUGUUUUGCUACACCCAAGAUGAAAGUCUGGCAAUUUGAUCCAUCCACCCCAUCUACUCCCAUAUUCGAUAGCCCUAAUGUGCAACAAAUAUAUAAUCAAAAGCAAGGGGUCCCGUUGGGAUCCAGAAGGUCCCCCCGGGAAGUGGAAUUUGUUCAUGCACCGCCGAAUGCGGUGCCUGCAACGAUGGACUCGCCAUGGAGCCUAAACGAGGAGAAGGAGGCGUUGCUCGAUACCCCCCACACUACAGAUCAAGAACACGACAAUGACAACGACCAUGACACCGACCAGGUCAAUGACAACAACAACAACGACAUCAGGCGAGAACUGAUACAUGAAACACUGGAUAGGCCCGGGUCUUUUAUUUUCGGCGGAGACGAUUUGUAUUUCGACUACACGCAAUACUUCCCCAUCUUGGAAAAUGAGUUUGAUGCGGACGCCAGCAGUGAUAUUGUGCACGAAUCUGCACUCUCUGCUGGUGCCAUACUUAGCGAAAACGUGAAAUAUGAAAAAACGAACCAUAAUCUCAGGCGAAAGCACUUGUCUGAACCGCGUUUUGAACACUUGGUCACUAAAUUAGCAGACAAAGCUGAGAACACGUUCCAACCAAACGAGAGCAACAUCAAUCAUCACAACCACAACCACCAGCACCAGCACCAGCACCACCACAGCCACCAAGAUCUCAUUGAACAAAGUGCCACCAACAAGGACCGCAAGAGGCAUAUCGAAUUAACAUAUACUAAUCCAUUCAAAACGUCGUCUUCUUCACAUACAGCAAAAGAUAAGCGAAGCUUGUCGUUGAAAAAGAGUAAAAAAGGCACCUCAAGGUCCAAGCCGCGUGAUUCAGUCAAAUAUCAAACUUCCCCUGAAGUAUCGAGGGAAGUGAGCAAAAGUGACCGAUCACGCAACCGACAGUCGCAUACUACAGGAAUAUUGAGAACUUCACUGGAAUCAGCUUCACGGUCCUCGGGGACAACGCGAGGUUUGAAAUUGUCGAGGUCGCUCGAUAAGGUCAGCUCGUUUUUCAAGAGUUUGCAGCCGGCGGAGAGAAGGAAACGAGGCGCAACGGGGUCAAGUGACGCGCAGCUCGUGGUGGAGGAUUGGGAGACUUUCAGAUCAAAGUUCCCGCUGUUGGAUCCAAGCUUGAUACCUAACGCGCCGCCCAAGAAUGAAGGUUUCGAAAUAAUCGGCGACAAGGGGGCAAAACUUCGCUGGAACGAUCGAGAGAAACAUUGGGAUUUCAUGCAUUCGGAGUCGCCGCGUGGUACGGUUGAAAAGUUUGAAAUUUACAUUGACCAAAUCCUUUAG